UCAUCCAAAGCAAGUGCUCUCUUCUUCUUCCUUGCCUGCUGUGCUCUCAUGGGUUUGCAGCAGCGCGCUGAGGAAGAUGAGGAGAUCACCCCACUCUCCGGCGACAGGCCCUUCUUCACCGCUGUCAUGUGCAAGACCCACGUUCAGAAGCCCUAUGUGCUGAUUAUCCCGACUCACUUCCAGCGCCGGCUGCCGGCGAGGCGAGCGGCGGUGGUGCUCCGGUGCCGCGGGAGCUCGUGGAUCAUGAGCUACUGCGGUGACACCAAGCUGAAGAGGCUCGACCAGGGCUGGGCGGACUUCGCCGUCCACAACCGGCUGCAGGUCGGAGAUGCGUGUGUGUUUGAGCUGCUGUCCAGGGAUGCCGAAGAUGUCGGCAAGGGCGAGGUGGUGCUCGAGGUGCAGGUGCUCCGAGGUGGUGGCCUGCCGGAGCCCGAGGAUCUCGGAACCAGAGGAGACACCACCGACGAGCCCAUCGUCAUCUUGGACCAAAGCUAAGCUUCACUUGUUGCUGGUGCAAGUCGAUUCAAUGUCUUCUGCUUGUAAGCCAUUGACCACCAAAUUAUUAGCUUGCAUUUCAUUCUCUAGGUCUAUGUGUCGUCUUGUAAUUCGGUCAUGAAAUAAUCAGUUUGCCCAUGACCAAGUAUGCAUGAACUCUUCGUCAAUUCCAUUAUCUUCCUCA